AUGGAGGAAGCUCACCUCACGCCGGCGACGCCAUUCUUCCCACUAGCAGGGCUCCACAAGUACACCGCGAUCCUCCUCGUUGUCCUCUCGUGUGUCCUGGUCCACAGGUGGAGCCUGAGGAAGCAGAAAGGUCCGAGGUCAUGGCCGGUCAUUGGCGCAACGGUGGAGCAGCUGAGGAACUACCACCGGAUGCACGACUGGCUUGUCGGGUACCUGUCGCGGCACAAGACAGUGACCGUCGACAUGCCGUUCACGUCCUACACCUACAUCGCUGACCCAGUGAAUGUUGAGCAUGUCCUCAAGACUAACUUCACCAAUUACCCCAAGGGGGACGUGUACAGAUCCUACAUGGACGUGCUCCUCGGUGACGGCAUAUUCAACGCCGACGGCGAGCUGUGGAGGAAGCAAAGGAAGACGGCGAGUUUCGAGUUCGCCUCCAAGAACCUGAGGGAUUUCAGCGCCAUUGUGUUCAGAGAGUACUCCCUGAAGCUGUCAGGCAUACUGAGCCAGGCAUCCAAGGCAGGCAAAAUUGUGGACAUGCAGGAGCUUUACAUGAGGAUGACACUGGACUCGAUCUGCAAGGUUGGGUUCGGGGUCGAGAUCGGCACGCUGUCGCCGGAACUCCCCGAGAACAGCUUCGCGCAGGCGUUCGAUGCCGCCAACAUCAUCGUCACGCUGCGGUUCAUCGACCCGCUGUGGCGCGUCAAGAGGUUCUUCCACGUCGGGUCAGAGGCCCUCCUAGCGCAGAGCAUCAAGCUCGUGGACGAGUUCACCUACAGUGUGAUCCGCCGGAGGAAGGACGAGAUCGUCGAGGCCCGGGCCAGCGGCAAACAGGAGAAGAUGAAGCACGACAUCCUGUCACGGUUCAUCGAGCUGGGCGAGGCCGGCGACGACGGUACCGGCGGCGGCGGCUUCGGGGACGACAAGAGCCUCCGGGACGUGGUACUCAACUUCGUGAUCGCCGGGCGGGACACGACGGCGACGACGCUGUCGUGGUUCACGCACAUGGCCAUGUCCCACCCGGACGUGGCCAAGAAGCUGCGGCGCGAGCUGUGCGCGUUCGAGGCGGAGCGCGCGCGCGAGGAGGGCGUCUCGCUCGUGCCCUGCGGCGUCCCUGACGCCGACGACAAGGCGUUCGCCGCCCGCGUAGCGCAGUUCGCGGGGCUCCUCACCUACGACAGCCUCGGCAAGCUGGUCUACCUCCACGCCUGCGUCACCGAGACGCGCCCGCCUGUACCCCGCCGUGCCUCAGGUGAGCGCGCACGCACGACCUCCGAUCCGGGCUCCGGUCUGCGCAGAUGUGGCUGCUGGGACCCCAAGGGGAUCCUGGAGGACGACGUGCUGCCGGACGGGACGAAGGUGAGGGCCGGCGGGAUGGUGACGUACGUGCCCUACUCGAUGGGGCGGAUGGAGUACAACUGGGGCCCCGACGCGGCGAGCUUCCGGCCGGAGCGGUGGAUCAACGAGGAGGGGGCGUUCCGCAACGCGUCGCCGUUCAAGUUCACGGCGUUCCAGGCGGGGCCCAGGAUCUGCCUGGGCAAGGACUCGGCGUACCUGCAGAUGAAGAUGGCGCUGGCCAUCCUCUUCCGCUUCUACAGCUUCCAGCUGCUGGAGGGCCACCCGGUCCAGUACCGCAUGAUGACCAUCCUCUCCAUGGCGCACGGCCUCAAGGUCCGCGUCUCCAGGGCCGUUUGA